AUGCUAAGGUUGGCCAAAUCCACCCUCCUGCUGAUCCCUCUGUUCGGGAUCCACUACGCGGUCUUCGUUUCCCUCAGUGAAUCCAUCGCAGAGGCUUAUAAAAUAUUCUUUGACCUCGCCCUCGGAUCCUUUCAGGGUUUGGUCGUGGCCAUUCUGUACUGUUUCCUAAACAGUGAGGUUCAGGGCGAGCUGAAGAGAAAGUGGAGAAGUAUGUGUCUGAACUGCCGUCUGAGGAGAGAAAACCUCCUCAACAGCACCUUCGCCUCCCGGAACGGCUCCGAGCACACGGUGCAGUUUCACCGCAACUCCCGAACCCAGUCCAUCCUGCAGUCGGAGACCACGGUGCUGUGAGGACCCCGAGGGAUCUCUAGAAAACAAAC